CCAACUUGGACAAUACAAAAAUCACAGUUUCAAUUUUCCUUCACCACCAUGAAGCUCCUCGUUGUUGCUCUCGUGUUAAGCACUGCCUACGCCGAUUUUCGCAUUUACCACCCACCAUACCAACCCACGGGGUGGAAACCCUCCGGUCCGCCACUCUCGCUACCCCUUCGCCAACAAUUGCCCCGACAAGAAUAUGGCCCCCCAGCUAAGGAAUAUGGACCCCCACGAACCACGACUGAACCCCAGGAGAGUACCACAACGGAAGUGCCCACCACCACCACCCCGGAAAAUGUUCAAGAUUCAAAGACACAAAACCAAGUGAAAGAAAAUGAAAAAUUGACUGAAGAUAAUUCAGCUGUUACUCAACAAGGAAUUUAUUAUAUUUAUCAUCCCAAUGGGUUGUUGCAAAGGGUUGUUUAUAUGACUAGGGAUGAUGCUGGGAAUAUGGCUUAUAGUGCCCAAUUGAAGUAUGAAAAUGUUGACCCUAUUCGAGAGCCCAUUUACACCUAUGAUCCCAAAACUUUUAUGUUGAGGCAAUUGCAAAUUUAAAGUCUUUGAUAUUGUAUCAAUUAUUAUUUAUUUAAAUAAAAAAUAAGAUCACAAAAGUGUAA